GUCGCGCAGUGAGCACGUGUCAGUUGCCUCAGGCGCCAUACGCCGGCACAACCAAUCUUCUCAUUAUGAAGUGCCAUCUCGUGAGCUCGUCAACAUCUGAAGUGGCCAGCUAACACACAGCUGGAAUAACUCCACAGAAGUUCAGCCAUAAAAAAAAAACAUCGAGCAACCGCAAUGGGUUCCUCAGUUCUUGCUGCUAAACACAAUAUCGGCGUGUCUGUCGCAAUCGACAAUCGCAGAAGUCGCCUGUGACAAUAGCAUCUUCUUAUUUUUAGCAUUCUUAGUUUUCCUUUUCUUCGCCAAGAUUGGUUCCUCUCAUGAAUAAAGUCGAUUCACAUCUUCCAGCCUACCAUGAAUGCAUUCAUUAACUGUGUUCGGACACCGCUAUCGGUCGACUUGAACCUUUUAUGUUUUAUUUGCUAGAUCAAUAAAAUUGUUGCACAGUAGGCGCUUUAUUGAUUCUCUUUAUUUCCGCUGGUCGGUUUACUUGACUUGUGCUUCGGAUGUAAACAGUAAUCGUUUGUGUUCAGAAAAUAUAUCGAAUUUACUUCCCAGUGAGUCCCACUGCUUAUGUCACAGAAGCUACAAAUGUCUUUUGUAUUGUACUGCAAUAUUCAAUUAUAUUUAAGCCGCGUUCAAUAUUUAUUCUUACGCUAAAAAUAAAAUAAGCUGCAACUUAACAAGCGGUAACUUAACAGUUUGUUUAUCGUCAUUCCAAUUGAUCUAAGGUUAUUUAUUUAUUGUCAAUCCGUUUUUAGAGCACCUAUUCUUUCAAAUAAUUAACUCGGCCUUAACUUCACCUCUAGACAAAAACUCAAAAAGUACAUCGAGCAAACUUAAACGUACCAGCUUACAUCACCAUUUCUGUUACCAUCAUUUUUUUCGACUGUACUUUCGCUUGGACGUAAAGUUCAACAAUGGAUCCAUUUUCUUCUGAACUUUUACCUUUCAUCAUCGCUGGUUUCGCUCUUGCUUUCCUUCUGGCAUUCGGUGUUGGGGCAAACGAUGUUGCCAACUCGUUCGGCACUUCUGUCGGCGCUCGAGUGUUGACGCUAAGAACAGCUUGCAUUUUGGGCACUAUUUUCGAGACCUUAGGAGCUAUCCUCAUAGGAUACAAAGUCUCAGACACGGUCAGGAAAGGCAUACUGGACGUGGAGCUCUACAACAACACAGAGAAGGAGCUCAUGCUCGGGUCUCUUGCUGCGCUUGGCGGCUCGUCCAUAUGGAACUUGGUAGCGACGUUCUUCUCACUGCCGAUCUCCGGCACUCACACCAUCGUCGGCGCUACCGUGGGCUUCUCGCUCUGUGCCAGGGGCCUCAAUGGCGUCAACUGGGCUACAUUCGGCAAGAUUGUUGCAUCGUGGUUCGUGUCGCCGAUCAUGUCAGGCUUCAUCUCCGCCAUCAUUUUCCUGAUCGUGCGCACGUUCAUCCUGAACAAAGCAGACCCCAUCACCCCGGGCCUCAAGUCCUUGCCUUUCUUCUACGGCUUCACGGUGCUGGUUAACGUCUUCUCCGUCGUGCACGAUGGUCCUCAGAUGCUGCUUUUCGACCGCAUCCCGUGGUGGGGCGCUCUGAUAGUUUCGCUGAGCGUGGGUGCCAUCGUGGGACUGUUGGUGCAGUUCUUGGUCGUACCGCGGCAACGCGCCUCCAUUCAAGAAAUAAUCGAUGCGCGAAACAGAAAGCCUUCCUUCACGUUUGAUUCCACGGAAAGCAUAGAAAUGAUGGGGCUCCUAGAGCAAAAAGACAAUUCUCGGUCAGGAACUCCACCUCAGGAGCUAGCGAUCGUUGAGAACGGCAUCAUCACACCCACCAGCUUCCCCUUCGACUCGCAGAAGAAGAGCAAGGAAUCGCUGGCCACGCCUUCAGAGCACUCGGAACAGUCCGAAGAAGGUUCUGGGUUGCUGUCCGACAAGCCCAUGGCCUCCAAGAACGACCAAUCUGUUGCCGCGCUGCUGGCUUCGAACGCUAGUCAGCUUCCUCUUGUCGAAGGAUCUAACGGCAGCAAAGAGUCGGAGUUGGAUCAACCCCCGAAGGAGGACCAGGAGAGCGAGUCCCCCGAGGUGGGCAAGCUGUUCUCGUUCCUACAGAUCAUGACGGCGACGUUUGGAUCGUUCGCCCACGGCGGCAACGACGUGAGCAACGCGAUCGGUCCGCUCAUCGCGCUCUGGGCCAUCUACACUGAGGGCUCCGUCGCACAGAAGAGCGAGCCUCCCAUAUACAUCUUGCUCUACGGCGGCUUGGGCAUCUCGGUGGGCCUCUGGGUGUGGGGCCGACGCGUGAUCAAGACGAUCGGCGAAGACCUGACCAAAGUGACGCCGUCGUCAGGUUUCUCGAUCGAGGUGGGCUCGGCCUUCACUGUCCUCCUCGCCUCGAAGAUCGGCCUGCCGAUCUCGACUACGCACUGCAAGGUCGGCUCUGUCGUCUUCGUCGGCUGGACCAAGUCCACCAAAAGAGGCGUCGACUGGGGGCUCUUCAGGAACAUCGUGAUCGCCUGGAUCGUGACCGUACCCCUGACGGCUGCCAUAUCGGCGCUCCUAAUGCUCAUGCUACAGACGAUAUUCUUAUAGAUCAUCGUAUGGCUUCAAUCAAGACCCUGCAACCUACAUCAUUCAUCUCACACAUUUAUAAAUUUCACAUAUUUUAUACUCAAACUUCUCAUCUCAUCCAGCGCAAACUUGUUUGAGCGAAUUUCAACUUCGCUCGAACUGCUCACUCAUUGCGAACUACCGCCAUUGUUUUCUCAACGAUCACCGACAUUUGCAUUGAAAAUUUCCCCCUUAGAACCCAGCUCUCCCAUGGAGAGCCACCUCUCUCUCAUGGACCUUUCCUAAAAUAUUAUGUAUAUGGAUGGACUACUGACCUGGGCUUACGGCGUCUCUCAGGCUUCUUUCGCUGGUGCACAUUUCACUGCUUGCUUCCCUCGACGUGACUCGUCAAUAGUAUUUUCAAUAACGUCAAAACAAUAUUUUUCAUGUGAUCUUGUAAAGCGAGUGCUGUAAUUUUUGUGAAACUGAAGGUUUAGUUUCUUGCACAUUCGAGCAAAGGCGAUGCCUUUCUAUAAAUGUGAGGAUUUAUCUCCAAGACCUUUUACUGUGAAUAUUUCAUUAGAUGUUUCCUUGCGAAAUUGUCCUAAAGUUCCAAGUAAUAUUGUUACGGUAAAAAUUUACCUCACAAUGCGUCAUGUCUCUACUCGGUUCCAUGCUAAGUUCAUAAAUGAUUCAAAAUUAUAAAUUUUAUUUAUAUCUGAUGUUCAAUCGGCAGCUUAUUCCCAUUCGCGUUGUAUAAAUAAGUCGUUGUUCCUCUUAACGUGGCAUUUGACUGCGAGGUUCUGCAAGUACUACCAGAAGACUUAUUUCUCAUUUGGAAGGCACACUUAGACGAUUUUCUGUUAAUUAUUAUAAUAUAUUCACAAAUUAAGAA